AUGGAUAGAGCAGAGUGGAGUUUCAAGAGCUUCAGAACAUUUCUGAUUCUGACUUUCAUAACCUUCCCUAUUUUAGUCACAUUUACUGUCAGACACCAAAACUCAAUUUUUGAUCUCAUCCAAGGAUUUAAUGCCAAGAAUGCUACUACUGAUGCCUUAAAACAAGGGGGUCCAAAGAAUAAUUCAGUUGAAGAUGGGAAGAAGAAUGCUCUAUCCCUAUCUACUACUACCAAUAUUGCUAAUGACAAACUCCUUGAUGGACUUCUAGUUUCCUCAUUUGAUGAAGCAUCAUGCUCAAGUAGAUAUCAAUCUUACUUGUAUCGCAGAGCUUCCCUUCAUAAACCUUCUAAACAUCUGAUAUCCAAACUACGAAACUAUGAACAUGUUCAUCGGAGUUGUGGACCUUCUACCAAAUCCUACAACAAAAUCAUGAGAAAGGGUGCAAAUUUUAGCAUAAAUGAAACUAGUAGAGAAUGCAAAUAUCUUGUCUGGACAAGUGCUAAUGGCUUAGGGAACAGGAUGAUAACCUUGGUUGCAGCAUUCCUUUAUGCUAUCCUCACAGACCGUGUUCUACUUGUCAGAUAUGGGGCUGAUAUGAUUGGUCUUUUUUGCGAGCCAUUUCCUGAUUCCUCAUGGUUAUUGCCUAAGAACUCUCCUUGUUGGGAAGACCUGAAACAUUUAGAAACGCAUGAAAGCUUGUUAAUGAAAAACAAGGUAAACAAUUCACAGGAUGAGCUUUUGCCACCAUUUCUUGCUCUUAAUCUAACGCACAUCCAUGUUGGUCAUACUAAUCUUUUUCAUUGCGAUCGAAGCCAAGAUCUUCUCCAGAAAAUUCCCGUACUGAUUUUAUGGUCGAAUCAAUAUUUUGUCCCUUCUCUUUUCAUGAUUUCCUUAUUUAGACAAGACCUAAGCAAAAUGUUCCCUGAUAAAGACACUGUUUUUCACCACCUGGGACGUUACCUUUUUCACCCAUCAAAUGAGGCAUGGAAACUAAUUCAAAAAUCCUAUGAGGCACACCUAGCCAAGGAAAAUGAGAGGAUUGGCCUCCAGAUUAGAGUAUUUAAUAUUCAUCAUCCACCGCAUCAAACCAUAUUCAAUGAAAUUAUAGCCUGCACCCUUCAGAAUAAGUUGUUGCCUGAACUCGACAUGCUAAACUCAUCAGCAACUUCUCCUUUGAAGAAGCAGACAUCAAAAGCUGUUCUAGUAGUAUCUUUAUACUCAGAAUAUGGUGAGAAGUUGAGGACUAUGUAUCAGGCAAAUACAACUGUGACCGGGGAUCUAAUAAGAGUUUAUCAGCCAAGUCAUGAAGAGCAUCAAAACUCAAAUGACGACAUGCACAACAUUAAGGCAUGGACUGAAAUAUAUUUGUUAAGUUUAUGUAAUGCAUUGGUUACAAGCCCCAGGUCUACUUUUGGGUAUGUUGCUCAUAGUCUUGGAGGUUUGAAGCCAUGGAUUUUGCAGGGAGUAUAUGGCAAAGCCAUCCCAGAUCCUUUGCAGGGAGUAUAUGGCAAAGCCAUCCCAGAUCCACCUUGUCAACGAGCCAAGUACAUGGAGCCUUGUUUUCAAUAUCCUCCUGAGUAUGACUGUAGGGCGAAUAAAACAAUUGAUUUUCCUUCCAUUUUUAAUCAUAUCAAGCAUUGCGAUGAUGUAUCUAGUGGAUUGAGGCUGGUUAAUGAUUAUCACUAA